AUGGUUGAGGAAAAAGUAGGCAGAGAAAUGAAAGCAAGGGAAGAAAAUUAUGAAAAGACAAUUUACAGAUUGACUAACCCGGAAGCAGCGCGGGCUCAGGGCGCGAAGAGAGGAAGGUUGCUGUUCCGCCUGCCAGUGGCCAGUCUCGAGCCCCGCCGUUGUGCGGUGGUGGGCUCUCCUGAAUCCCUCCGUCUUUCUCCCUCCUGUCCCCCUCCAUCAGUCUUUCCCUCUGUUCCUCUCUUCUUCUUCCCUAGCCCUUCUGCCUCCCUCAGCCUCAUCUUCUCCACCAUCCUCGCCCUUUACCACAGUCUUCACCAUCGCCAUCGCUGUACCUGUCAUCCUCCCUCCUUUCGUGAGUGUUGGAGGGCACGUGUCCGUGCGCUGAUCAUGCUUCUGGGGACUGCUUACCUCGUGCUGAGCGGUGGCAUCUUCGCAAGCCUCUUCGCUCUGGUGUGGAUGAAGGGGAGGAAGUGGUUUAAGAAAAAGAUCCCUGAAACAAAACCAGACGACAGUGAUGAUGCUGCUUCAAAAGACACGGUAGAAAAAGGGCUGUCGGUACGGAACCUUUCCAAAGAGAUCCUUAAUGAUUUCCCACACUCGGUUGCCAUACAGAAAAGAAUUCUAUUAAACCUCCGGAUGGUCGAGUAUAAACUGGAAGAGUUGGAACAAUUCCUGGUUGCACAGGGCUUAAAUGGAGAAUUAGAGUUCCAUUAAAUCUCCGAAUAAUAUCCAGAUUGUAGUAUAAGUGGAAGCCAACAAUAAAAAAAUAAAUCAGCUCAA